UGAAGCAACUGUGGAGCAACCUGAUGAUUCUGAUUCAGAUUAUCAACUUGAUGCUGCUGACAUAAGUGAAGAUACUGACAGCGAUGUGAGUGAGCCACAACAUAAACAACAGCCUCUUGAGAAUGAUGAACCUGACCAGGAUGUUCAAGGUCGCAGGGCAGGACCAAGAAAUGGAAAUAGAGAGUACUGGAAGUCUGCUCCAUUCAACCCUGUUUUAGUCCCAUUUCAAGGAGCUGAUGAACAACAAGACGAGAGAGCAGAUAUGUCGCCGGUGCAGUACAUGGAACAGUACGUUGACAUAGAACUGAUGAAAGUCCUUGCCGACUGUACAAAUUCUGUCAUUAGCUAAAAGUGGGAGAUCUCUCAACACAUCGGUUGAAGAGAUGUACCACUUUUUUGGAGCAUCCAUCUUGAUGUCCUGCAUCCCUUACCCACAAAUCCGCAUGUUCUGGUUCACUAACCUGAGAGUCCCUGCCAUUAGUGACACAAUGAGACGCGACCGAUUCUUCAAGCUGAGGAGCCAUCUGAAGGUGGUAAUUGAUGACGACAUUCCUGAAGACAGGAAAACAGACAAAUUGUGGAAGGUGAGGCCUUUCAUGAAUCGCAUACUCAAAGGCUGCCAUGCUCAGGCCCGACCAGAAUCCAUCUCAAUAGAUGAACAGAUGAUACCAUUCACUGGAGGCUGUCCGUUCCGCCAGUAUGUGCCGCUAAAGCCAAAUUCAGUUGGCAUGAAGAAUUUUGUCCUGGCAACAGCAGAUGGCGUCGUUCUCGACUUUGAAGUUUACCAAGGUUCAAAGGAACUGGCUGCACAGGUACUGGAUGCAGAAGGAUUGGGUUUGGGAGCCCUGGUCCUCAAACGCCUGACAAAAACAGUACAUCCUGGUACAAAGGUGUACUGCGAUAGGUUCUUCACCACCACAUCAGCUGCGGAAUCCAUGCUGGAGAAGCAGGUGUACCUAACUGGUACAGUCAUGAAGAACAGGAUCCCAAAAGCAAUGCAGAAGCUUCCAAGUGACAAGAUCAUGAAGCAGCAAGGCAGAGGUACCUCCGCAUCAGUUGUCAGGGGAGAUGGGAAACUGAAUGGUGUGAAAUGGUUUGACAACAAGCCCGUCCUGAUGCUCUCUGCUGUCCACACUAAGGAGCCAGAGAAUACCUGCCAGCGGUGGUCCAAGAAGGACAAAUGCUACUUAACCAUCAGACGACCAAAUAUUGUACAGGAGUACAAUGCAAAGAUGGGACAGAAUGAUGAGCUACUACAGGAUGAGCGUGUGAACAAAGAAGUGGACGAUUCGCAUGCUUAUGCACUUCAUGGAUCUUGCUCUGGCCAACAGCUGGCUGCUGUAUCGCAGAGAUCAUCAAGAACACGGUACCCCAAGAAAGGCUAUCAUGAAGUUCCUCGCGUUCCGCAUGGACGUGGCUCAGGUGUUCCUCAACAAGUGUGAUGUCACGCAUGCAGAGGAAGAGAGUGCAUGCUGUCCACAACCUGGCCAAAGAUCCCUGGUCACUCCAAUUCCCCACAUCUCAGUGCGCACAGCUUCUGCUGCUCAUCUGCCGGACGUUGCUGAUCUCAAGAACCCGAUGCAUUGCAGACAACAAGGCUGCCCUGGGAAAUCCCGUGUACGCUGUCUGACAUGCAAUGUGUUCCUUUGCCUGCAAAGUCGGCGCAACUGCUAUGAAGCCUUUCACGGAUGCCAGUAGGACUACUUGAAUACUUGAAUGUUUGUUUGAGUUUGCUAUGACACGUUCAUAAUGAUGUUCAUAAAUGUUGCACUUUUCCAUGCAAAGCCUUUCAUAUAGGCAAGCAGGAAUACUUGAAUUAAUACAGUUGAUCUUACGGCAUGUGUAAAAGGUAUAUUCAACACUCUUGAACAAAUUUCUUUAUUUUGAACAGGUUUGUGUUAAGCAUUCAGACAAACAGGGGCCAAAUGCAGAUCCCUCAAUGGGGCCUCCCGCUGUGCGGCCACAGCAUAGGAGGCCAUAAAAUUAGCAUUUCCUGCAGGGCAAUAAAUUGAGCUUGGGAGAGAGAGACCUGGUCUGUUCACAGCAGAUCAAAAGCCUGCAGGAAACCAACAUCUGGGAUGGUGUGAAAAUUUAAUGCAACAUAGAAGAUUGAAACCGCUAACAUUUAAUUUCUAAGUAUUAAUACCAUGUUUUUACUGAAGAUUGUAUUAUCUCAUUUUAAAACUACUAAAUGAUGAAUGUAUUUGAAAACUGUAUUAGCUGUGACUAUAUCAGAAGCAAAUGGAAAUUGUUUGAAUGAAAAUGUUUUGUUUACUAUUAGAAAAUGGCUCAGGAAUUAUACCUUAUUUUGUUCUGUUGAUUUUAUGUGUUACUUUUGGCAGGACUCAAUCUUUUGGGGUGCUGACUGUAGAUAAGCAAAACUGGGGUUUGUAAAGAUAACAUUUCCUUGAAAAUUACUGGAUGUAAGUUUCUUUGAGAAUUUAUGUAAGGAGAGAUAAUGAGAGACUUUAGAUUUCACAGGUAUCUGUGAAAUCUUAUCUCAGGUUGUUCUGUACCCAGAAUGACCGUAGAAUCAACAGGGGGUCAGGGCGCAGCGGUUCGCUCUUUUGUUUUACCAGAGACCAGAUGGCCCUUUGAUCUUUGGCAUAAAUUAGGGGGAGUUCCAAGUUUCUCUGAGUGUCCAAGGUAGCUUCCAGUUGGUCAAAUAGAGGAACGCCUUAAGUGCAUAUAUUAAAAAACAAAGACACACCUUUAGUAUAAGACUUGGUGCACAGCACUAAAAAUUCAGAAAGCUGCCACUAUUUUGCUUUUUUGCAUCAGGUAUCUCCAACGACGCGUCUUUGCCUUUUCUUUGUUUUUUUUUCUUUCUCUAUUUUUCCUGUCUCAAGGUAAUGAAUGAAUAUCUCUGUUUCUCUGUAGCUUUGUAUGGGAUUAAACUCUGUGAUUUUGUGACGUCAA